AUGUUGUCGCCAUGCGGAUUGAUGGGCCCUCGUCGAGCUGGACAUGCUGCAUUAUUUCAGGCUCGAGUACUGCCGAAGCUGUGUGAUCAAAGUCCACCGUGUCAAGCCCCGCUUUCGCCUCUGUACCUUAUCAAACGUGACCUCUCAUUCACAUUUUCAGAGUUGCCUUUGCAGACCCUGUUUGCUGCGAUUGGCCUAUUCUGCGGCGAACAGAGCAGAUUCCCGGCCAUGGAGGGAUCACUCUGCGGUGGAUCAGCACAGUUUUCUCACCGCAAAUACCGCAUGAAAAUUAGGUGGUAA